AUGCCUGAUUGGUCUUCCUCGGCUGAGCGUAACCAGGAUGCUGUGGCACAGAUGAAGCUUGUACAUGCUAUCCUAGGAUUAUAUGCUUGGGAGUUUACUCUAUCUCUAGGAUUUGACUGGGCUGUCCUUACAGGUAGGACAAGGUUCAGGUGGCCUCUGGUCUUCUAUUUUGCUGCCAGAUACAUCCUCCUGUUCGCCCUCAUUGGCACCAUCAUUGCACUGGACACGACGAAAGAAAUGAACUGCCAGGCGUUGUACACAUUCAACCAGCUCGUAGGGGAUGCAACUGCAGGUUUACCCAGCAUUAAUCUUUCCAUUCGUACCAUCGCCAUAUGGUCGCGGAACAAGUGGAUCGUUGCCCUCCUCGUGAUGGUUACUUUUGGCCACUGGUCGUUGAUUCUUCAGGGUGCUCUCCUUACGGCUGCAUAUAUCCCUGGAGAAGGAUGUACGAUAAUCAAGGAAAAUAACACAAUUCUUGCGGCGACAUUCAUCUACACAAUGUGCUUCGACCUCCUCGUCCUUGUCCUUUCUGCGUUUAAACUCGCGUGGCAACGCCAUAGCAGGGGAAUGGGAUUUCAAAGCCGUCUUGUCAAAAUGGUCUUCGUGGAUGGACUCGUAUAUUUUUUCAUCGCGUUUAUUGCUAACACGAUCGCUGUGGUGUUCAUGCUUCUCGACUUGAACUCGAUAAUGAGCAUCUUCUUCAACUGUACAGCUACCACAACAUCUACAGUAGUCGCAUGUCGUGUUGUGCGGCGUCUCUACGAUUUCGAUUUUGGUCCCAAGGUCUUGUGA